GGCGGCCAAGGGGAAACUGGCUGCUUCUGGUUUCCAGCAUAAAUACAAAGCGCAGCCGGUCUCAGGGAAAACGGACACAAAGGAAAGAGGAGCACUGAGAGGUUUUAAAUCUGAAGACCAAGAGAGUCAGACACCAUCAAAGAGGAUCUCGGACGGCAUGCAAAGUUGUGAAAUUUCCUCAGACAGCACUGAUGAUCCUCUUAGUAGCGGUUUACGAACUCAUCGGCAGCCUCGAAUAGUAGUCAUUGGUGCUGGGUUGGCCGGCCUUGCUGCGACUAAGAUCCUACUGAAAAACGGCUUCACUGAUGUCACUGUGCUAGAGGCGUCAGACCACAUCGGAGGGAGAGUUCACAGUGUUCAGCUCGGAAAAGCAACUUUGGAGCUUGGAGCCACCUGGAUCCAUGGAGCCAAUGGGAACCCAGUGUACCACCUGGCGGAGGACAACGGGCUGCUGGAGCACACCACGGACGGGGAGAGGAGCGAGGGACGCAUCAGCCUGUACACCAAGAAUGGAGUGGCUCACUACCAGACCAACGCUGGGAGGAGGAUCCCCAAGGACCUGGUGGAGGAGUUCAGUGACCUGUACAACGAGGUGUAUGAGCUGACUCAGGAGUUCUUCCAGAAUGGGAAGCCAGUUUGUGCAGAGAGCCAGAACAGCGUCGGUGUCUUUACACGGGAUGUGGUGCGCAAGAAGAUCAUGCUGGAUCCAGAUGAUCAUGAAUGCACCAAGAAGCUCAAACUGUCCAUGCUUCAACAGUACCUCAAGGUGGAGAGUUGUGAAAGCAGCUCUCCCAGUAUGGAUGAGGUGUCUCUGAGCGAGUUUGGCGAGUGGACAGAGAUCCCUGGUGCACACUAUGUCAUUCCUGAAGGUUUCAUGAAGGUAGUGGAGCUCCUGGCACAGGACAUCCCCUCUAGCACCCUCUCUCUCAGCAAACCUGUCCGCUGCAUCCACUGGAACUACUCGGCCAAGCAUCAGGAGGCAAUUGCCCAGAGCAGCCACACCCACCAGGGCAACAACCACAAUGAAUACAACCACGGCUGUCAGCCUCACGAGGACCCUCUGAUCUUCGGUCCUCCCAUUUACGUGGAGUGCGAGGACGAGGAGUGGAUCCCAGCCGACCACGUGAUCGUGACAUCUUCUCUGGGAGUCCUGAAGCAGAACCAUGAAGCCAUGUUCUCCCCCUCCCUGCCUGAGGAGAAAGUGCUCGCCAUCGAGAAACUGGGCAUUAGCACCACUGAUAAGAUUUUCUUGGAGUACGAAGAGCCCUUCUGGAGCCCAGAGUGCAACAGCAUCCAGUUUGUGUGGGAGGAUGAGGCUCAGCUAGAACAGCUGGUGUACCCUGAGGAGCUGUGGUACAAGAAGAUCUGUAGCUUCGACGUACUCUACCCGCCCGAGCGCUACGGCUACAUGCUGAGCGGCUGGAUCUGCGGCCAAGAGGCGCUGCACAUGGAGCGCUGCGAUGAUGAAACAGUUGCAGAGACCUGCACUGAACUGCUGAGGCGCUUUACAGGAAACCCCAACAUUCCUAAGCCCUGGCGUGUCCUGCGCUCCUCUUGGGGCAGUAACCCCUUCAUCCGGGGCUCUUACUCCUUCACCAGGGUGGGAUCCAGCGGAGAGGACUGUGAGCGGCUGGCCAUGCCACUGCCUUAUGCCAACAGCACCAAGGCUCCGCCUCUACAGGUCCUGUUUGCUGGAGAGGCCACCCACAGAAAAUACUAUUCCACUACCCAUGGUGCUUUGCUGUCAGGACAGAGAGAGGCCACUCGUGUAAUAGAGAUGUACCAGGACUUUCACAGAGCGGAAACCACAAAGCCUAAUAUGUAAAUUAAAACGAACCUCUGACUAGUGAAACAUAAUUACAAAACAGUUGAGUUUAUUGCUUUUUAUUUUGUUGAUUAAGUUAUACUUAAAAGCAUAGCUUGGGCAUUAAUACAUUAAUACGUUUCUAUUGUACUGUAGAUUUCAAAUCAUUGCAACAUCUUUACUUUUGAGAUGUACUGUUCGAACGUUGCCAAUGGUGCUGUCAUUUAUUGUCUUUUGCAUUCUGUCAUGUUUUUUUAAUCAUUAAUUUAAUGUUUAUAACAACAGCAUCUGUAAUUUAACUUGUUUUUGUAAGUGCCUUCUGUAUGUAACAUUGUGUCAUUUAAAAAAUAAUGGAAAUGCUAAAUUAAAAUUGAAAAAGUUUUAACAAAAUAAAAGUUCUAUCAUCAUCUAACAAAA